AUGGAGACCAUGGAGAAGAAAGCAUCUGCCGAGAUCUCUGGAUCCGAUCCCGACCUUAAGGCGGACACUAGUGCUGGCGAUGUCUUGCCCUUUCGUCAGACGCAGCGCGGUCUCGCUUCGAGACAUGUGCAGUUGAUGGCUAUUGGUGGCUCUAUUGGUACUGGGCUGUUUGUUGGUAUUGGCUCUUACCUGCGGGAUGCAGGACCAUUGUCUCUAUUCCUGGGAUAUCUUGUCUGGGGAUGUCUGUUCAUUCUACCUGUUAACUUGUGUGUUGGAGAGAUGGCUGCCUAUCUCCCCAUCCGUGGAUCUAUAUUCGAACUUGCUGCACGGUUUAUCGAUCCUGCAUUUGGAUUUGCUAUGGGCUGGGUAUACUUCUACGGCGGCGUAAUGCUAGUUUGUACAGAAUAUUCCUCAGUGGCAACAGUAAUGCAAUACUGGAACACGGGCGUGAACCCAGCAGUCUGGGUAGCAAUGGCCCUAGUCGUGUGUACAGUCCUCAAUCUCGUCGCGGUAAAAUGGUACGGAGAAAGCGAGUUCAUCAUGGCUUCAACGAAGAUCCUCCUGCUUUUUGGCCUCGUCCUCCUCACCUUCAUCACAAUGGUCGGCGGAAACCCCAAGCACGACGUCUACGGCUUCCGCAACUGGACCGACGGCGUCAUGUUCGAAUACUAUACAGACGGCAGCACAGGCCGCUUCCUGGGCUUCUUUUCCGUCAUGGUUUACGCCGCCUUUUCCGUUGCCGGACCAGAUCUCCCAGCCCUAGCAGCAGGCGAAAUCCAAAACCCGCGCGUGACCAUCCCACGUGUGGUGAAGAUGACUUUCUGGCGUAUCGUCGGCUUCUACGUUGUCGGCGUGCUGGCCGUCGGAAUCAUCUGCAAUCCCCGUGACCCACGUCUUAUGUCGGCUAUUGAUGAUGGUGCCUCUGGAUCCGCUGCCUCACCUUGGGUUAUUGGAAUUGAUAACCUAGGAAUCAGCGGUCUACCAGAUCUGAUCAACCUACUCAUUCUCUUAUCUGGUUGGUCUUGUGGAAACGCCUACCUCUACAGCUCAAGUCGAACACUCUACUCCCUCGCCCGCGAUGGCCAGGCCCCGAAAUUCCUCUUGAAGUGUACCAAAUCAGGUAUCCCUAUCAACUGCGUCAUCACCGUCUCGGUUCUUUCUUGCAUCACGUUCCUGGUAGCAGGUAGCUCCUCUGUCGAGGUCUUCUACUGGUUCGUCGACCUGACAACUAUCGCCUUCGUGCUUACCUACACGGGUAUGCUCUGUGUCUUCAUUGCUUGGUACCGAGCCCUGAAAGCACAGGGGAUUGACCGCAAGUCUUUCGUCCCCUGGGCUUCGCCGUUCCAGCCGUACGGAGCUAUCCUGGCUAUUAUCAUUGGUUGCUUGACUGCUCUCUUUAACGGAUUCUCCGUCUUCAAGCCGUUUAGCGUGCAGGGCUUUAUUACUUCUUACUUUGGUCUUGCAUUUUGGGUGGUUAUGUUUGUUUUCUGGAAGCUUUUCCAUAGGACUUCGUUUGUUAGUCCUAUUAAUGCUGAUUUGUACUCUGGUAAGGCCGAGGUUGAUGAGGAGUGCAAGAUUUGGGAAGAGGGUGGUUGGGAGGAGAGGAGGAAGGCUGAGCUGGCUCAGAUGCAUUGGGUAAAGAGAGUUUGGGAGAAGAUGUGGUGA